AUGUUCGGUUUCACAACGUGCUGCCUGCAGAAAGCACUGGCUCCCCGAAGGGAUCGGCUGUGGUUUCAUAUUUCAUUUCCCUCGCACGCUACACCCAAAUUCCAGACGCUUUCUGGCUUUGCUGCUGCAUGGACUCAGAGCACAGGUCCUGUGCCGUACGCAGCGGAGGCAGACGGGGCUUCCCUCAGCUCCAGGGAGUGGACCAUGAAGACGUCAAUUGUAUUUUUGCUUUGCAUCUCAGUUUUCCCAGGCUUUUCCCAGGGCAGAGUUGUUGGAGAGGAUGAAGCUGGUUUUGCCGAGUGUAACGUGUUCUUCCCUGGACAAGUCCCACCCGAAGGAUUUACGGAGCCGUUCCACGUGAAAAUCUGUCAGCAGUACAACAAAGAGCCACGCUUUGCAACCCUCUACAGUACUAAGGACAAAAUCCCUCUUUAUUCAGCUUUUAAGUAUACAAAGCCAGCCCAAAACAAGGAGGAGAACUGGCUGGUCGAACCACAGAUAGACGAUCCAGAAAAUGAUCUGCAUGAGAUGGUGCAUGAAGCCGAUAUCAUUGGCGCUGUGGCCGACCUUGGUGCAAAUCAAGCCCUGACCUCAGACUACGUGGGCUCUGGUUAUGAGAGAGGGCUGCUCAAUCCCAGCUUGCUCAAUGAGGAGGAUUUCCAAAUGGCCACUUACACGCUCACUAACGCUGUCCCUCUGAGCCCAUCUCUGAGCAAAAGCUGGCACAGAGACAUUGUGAGGGUAGUGGAGCAAGCUCUGGUCCCUCACUGCUCCAAGAAGGAUCACCUGUAUCUCCUUGCAGGCGCGAUUCCUUCCAGUGUCCGAGUUAAAGGCAAGGUGUCAGUGCCAGACACCCUCUGGCUGGCAGCCUGCUGUGAUGCUCCGGGGGGAUGGUCCCUGGGACUAGUGAAGAAAAUGAAUGAUGAAAACAGCUUGGCGGACCUCAUGGUGGGAGAGCUGGAGAAGCAGCUUCUAGCAGGGGUUCACUUGUUCAAGGGCAACUGUGGGGGAGACAACCAAAGCCAGGAGAAAACAGAAGCAAUACUGCAAGCUGUCGGUCAGAUCCGCUCUGGAGAGCAAGUAGGAACAAGUGACAACCAGGAGGCCAAAGACAGCGGCUUGGUGAGAAGAGUGGCUGCCAUCAUUGCUACCCCUUUCAUCAAACUUCUGGAACUCCUCAUCUACGUGUUUGUGGAGCUGGUGAAAUUUGUGUUUUAUUUUCUGUGGCUUGUUAUCAAGCGGGUUGGUGGUACAGUUCUAGAUGGAGUCUACAGCCUGUGGAAUGGGGUGGUGUCCUAUCUUAAAGCCAUCAGCAUGGUGCUCAUCAGCAUCCCCUAUGAUGUGGGGAGGGUCAUCGUCAACAUCUUCCUGGGCUUCCUGGAAAUUGUUCAAGAUGUGGCGUCCCUCACCUACCGGAUCCUGCGCAUCCCUGUGGGGUUUGUCCUUCACCUCGCUGCUUUCCCUUACCAUUCCAUCUGUGCCAUUCCCUCCGUCCUCAAAGAUGUGGCCACCGGGAUCGGGGGCACCUUCUCGCUGGUCAUCGAUGCCACAGCCACACUUCUGCAUGGCUUUUAUUACUUGGCUGGUUACAUAGUCAAACGAUUUGUCCCCAAAGGCUCCUCUGAUGACUGA